AAUCUAUUGCAAAAAAACCGCUUAAAUAUUAGAGUCAAAUCUAUGGAAAAGCUAAGCUACUACUCCAUUAAAAUAGGCUUUGCCUCAAUGUCACUAAAAUCUCAUAGUUGAUAAACAACAACUGCACAUUCAGCAGGUAGUUAACUGAUGAUCUGAACAUACACAAAGUAUCUGGAGAUUCUAUUAUGGUCCAGAUGGGGUCAGUUCAAAAAUAUCUAUCAAAGUAUGUAAUAUUUUUAGUCACAAGAGUUGAUGAUACUAUAUAGUUCAUCUGUGUUAUAUCUGUCUGACUAUGUCUAGGUUGUCUGUAAUACUCUUCAUAUUCAUCAUCUUAUCAUUGAACCCUUGUACUCAUACUUGCUGUUGUUCAAAGUGGUGCCCACAAGACUACAUGAAACAGAGGAAUAAACAGUUUGAGCAGAGAAGCAAAAAGUUCUGGGAAUUUGAUGGGCAAUCCAAGAGUUGGGUUGAGCUGAAACUGCCCUUUGAUCUUGUAUCUUGUGUCAAUGGAAACUGUAGCAAAGUGGGAUCACUUGAAAAAAUGAUCAAGAACAAGAAAAUGAAUGGUGGGAAAGAUUCUGGUCAAGGGGUGAGGGAAAAGACUGUUUCUUUGCCUCUGAGAAAGAGAGUUUCUUUGGUCAAGAUGUCCGAGACAUCGAUAUGGGUCACUGGUGUGAGUGGCUCUAUCUAUGAAAGGUUUUGGAAUGGAUUGCAAUGGGUUAUUGCUCCUCAUGAUCUACCAGUUUCUGCUGGAUUUGCAAUUGCUUCUUUCAUUGUUAAUCACACAAUUCUUGCUCUGUCUGAUGCUGGCAACUUGUAUCAGAUGCAACUGGGGGAAAAUUCGCAGCCAGUAUGGGUUGAUUUUCAACCACUAAUCGAUGAACAUACUGCAACAAAAUUAAAAUACGGAGUCAUUUCCCAUGAUAGGGAGAGGAUCUAUUUCUGCACUAGAAGUGGAUUGCUAUUUGAACUAUGUGGAAUUCAGCCUCCAAGUUGGAUUAAUCAUGGCAGACCUCCUGGUGCAAAUGUUGCAGCAAUAGCUGAUGUCGGUACUGUUAAACCAAAUAUACUCUUUACUGUAAGUUCUACAGGUGACCUAUAUGAAUAUGACAUUAGCUCACAACCAAUGUGGAAGAAGCAUAUAUGGAUAGAAGGAUCGACAGAUGAUACUGCUUUGAUGCCAUCUAUGGGGUUUAGUGUGCAUGGAAUAAAUGGUGCUUACUCUAUCUCUCUGUUUCUCUUGACAAAGGGUGGCAAAUUAGUUGAGAGACGGUUGCAUCAGAGAAAAUGGAAAUGGAUGAUUCAUGGAAGUCCUAAACAUCAAUUCCUAACAUCUAUCACACCUGUAUCACAAGAUGAAUUGAUGGAGCAAUCACACUCAUUGUUUGUCACGACAGAAACUGGAUAUGUAUUUGAAUACCAGAUUCCAAAACCAGGGACUGCAGACAAUAAACAAAUUCCAGAGAAAUGGGUUAAUCAUAUGCAUCCUUCACAUGCAAAGGCAGCAAAAGGCAUUGCAGGUCUUGAAUUUCAGGUAGGUAGACUAAUAUUCCCACUAGAUGACGGAAGGCUCGGUGAGUUGCAUUUUCCAGGCAUAGGAGGUGAAGGAUUAGGGCCUUAUCUAGGUUCUAUUCGGAGAAGAUCAACAAUAAAGCUUAUAUGGUCCAUAUUAGAUGCCCCGGAAACAGAAGGAUGGAAUGCAGAUUAUUGCACUGAAUCAAGAGGACCUUCAAAUUGCAUUAAUGGCUUGAAAGAUGAAGCAGAUGAUACAGAUGCUACACGAUCACUGAUAAGAAGGCGGAAGGGAAGCAGAGUACAACAUAAUUACUUAUCUUUUACUGAAGCCCGGGCUAGCUUCAAUUUGGCAACAGAAGAUCAUAGCAUACAAGAUAAAUGGAUAAACACCAACUUUCGUUUAAGAGUAAUGUUUAGGGGUCUCUCCUUCUUCCUUGUAACAGAUGAUGGAUUGCUAUUUGAAUAUUUAAGUGCCGAAAAUAUCUGGUUCUGGAUGAGGCAUGAACAUCCAAAAGCUAUGAAAGGUGUUCUGGGAAACUACAAUGGAAGUUUAUUUCUGGUCGAUGAGCAGAAAAAUCUUCUUAUUAGAGAAAGAAGCAGCAAAGAACUUCAAUGGAUCAAUUGCACUGCUAUGAAAAGAGGAAGACAUGUUACUGGAGGUCCUCCAUGGGAUGUAGUUCCAGGAGAAAACUUUAAAGUUACAGCUGAAGAUGCCCUCUUCUUCGUUAGCAAAAGUGGAAGGCUAUUACAACUGACUGUUGCACUGAGGAAAUUCAAGUGGAAAGACUGCAGGUGGCCUCCGAGUACAAAAGUUGCUAGUAUAGUGGAUCAAGAAGUAAUUAGAGGAAACAUAGUUUUUGUUGUUGGAAGAAACAGCAGACUUUACCAAUACAACAAAAUUACGGAACUUUGGCAUGAGCAUUACCAAUCACAGCACUUGGUUCUGUCAAGAAUACCUGGGACUGCUAUGCGCCCUUCAUCAUCAUCAUUAACCGGCUCCCUGUUUCUUCUCUCGGAAGAUGGUAAACUGAUUGAAUAUCACUGGAGUUCAACUGAUGGCUGGGACUGGAUAGAACACGGGACACCUCGUAUAAGUGUGGUUUUGGUUGGUUCACCUGGUCCGUGCUUUCUAGGAAACCAGCUGUUUUUGGUAGGAUCAGAUGGAAAGGUGUAUCUGAGAUAUUUGGAUUUGGAUCAGUCAAUGUGGCGAUGGAAGGAUUAUUCAUUUCCUUACAUUACCGGCCAAACCAUAAAGAAAUAUGGAAAUGAAGAUUUUACAGGGCAUUCUCAGAAAUCCGAAGAAGAUCUGCUUGGUUCCAACAGAAACUGUGACCCAAAGAUUGCAACUACAAGGCCAAUACCAUUCGCAGAGGAUUCAGUAAUAUUCGAGUUAAGGGAUGGCAGGUUGGGUGAGAUGAAGCUGAAUGAGGAUGGCGAGUGGGCGUGGUCGCGUAUUAUUGGCACGCCAACAAGCUUGUGCAUGGCGAAUUAUUGGACUGCUCUGGCAUCAUGAAAGUAAGUGUUUUAUAAACUUAGCUUCGGUGUGUAGAUGAAAUGUAGGCAAUGUAUACAGGGGCUUGUUUGGUCCGAUGUAACCCAACACGGUAACCAUUACUCGGAACUUUUACUGGUGUUUAGUUGCAUAAUCUCGUGGUUGUACACAGGAACUCAGACUUCUGAGGACUUUAUACUUCCUGUAAAAUGCGGUAACCUAGUUACAUAGAUCAGAGGUGGAUACAAUGUGAGUUAGACGGUCUAUCCUCAUCAAAAAUUAGCUUAUGUAUAGAUGAAAUGCAGGCAAUGUAUAUAGGUAAUUUAGGUGCUGGGCAAUAAAACUGCACAACUUUCAGAUCUUUGUACGGUUAUACAGACUCAGUUUUAACCGGAGAUACCAAGGAGAUGUAUAUAGUAGUAGUUUGUUUUUCAA